UAAACAAGAACAUGGCUGCUCAGACUGUGACAUUCGAUGUUUUGGUGUAAAGCGGUACUUUCGUAAUCCUUAUUAAAAUAAUCGGGAUGGAAAAGUUAAGUGAUGAAAUCUUAGUAAGGAUUUUUAGUUUCUUAUCUGCUCGAGAUCUUUGUAGGUGCUCCCAGGUGUGCUCUAGUUGGUGUCGUCUUUCAGACGAUUUUCAUUUAUGGAAAAAGUUGUUUAUAGAAUCAUUUGACAAAUUCAUUUCUGAUUCUUCCUACUAUAAGAAUUUGUUUCCAACCCAGUGGAAAGAAUUGUUUAUUACUCGGUCAAACUGGUUAAGUGGACACUGUCAUGUUCAAAGUCUUCAUAAAAAGGCAAUGAACCAAGAAAAAACUGAACCCACCAAAGUUGUGUGCUUGAAAAUAUCAAACUGUGGUGGGAGUGUUUUAGCAAGCGUCAACCAAGACUCAAAGUUGGUUCAUAUGUGGAGUUUGAUUCACAAGAAGUCUCUUCAUGUUGUACAGUGUGAAAGUGUUAUUGGUUGUGUAGACUUUGGAAAUGAACGCUCACAAAACCUUCUGGCUAUUGGUCUCUAUAGAAACAAGUUCAUUCUUUGGGACUUCCACAAGAGAAGGAUUAUUCUAAGCAGAACAAAUAUAACAGAAGUGGCAAGGGAUCAAAUAGAGAGUCCAAGAGAUACUGGUUUCCCACCUGCUAUGGCUGUGUGUCGGGUCAAUCUGGUGGAUAAUAAACUUGCUACUGUUACUUCUCAGUGUGUUGUCAAAGUGUGGCACUUGGAUCUUAAUCAGCUGGGACCAAUAUCUUGUACUUGUUUGCAUACCCUUGCAACCUUUAAACCAAGGUGUUCUGUUCUAGACAUUCAACUGAAGAAUGGAGGGAAUGAUGUCUGGUCUGUGUCCAUUUCACAUGCUGCAGAAGUUCUAGAAAACUGGAAUCUCAUUGGUUUUCAGACUGUAAGAUUUCAAGGUCAUUCACUCAUUGAGGAAGAUCCUGGAGUCACUUUUGAGGAAGAAUCUGUUGAUGAUGAAGAAGAUUGUGUAACAGCCAAAAUACAAACAUGGACAGGAAUACAAAAAGAGCAAAUGGGCUCCAGAACAUCUGUAUCUUGCCUGUCCAUCAGUCCUUGUACAAAACUGGUCACUUCUGGACAAAAUGACAACACUAUUACACUUUGGGACACUGCUACUCAAUGUUCUAGGCACAUUCUAUUUGGACACACAGGUGCUGUGACGUGUACAGAUGUAGAUAUGCAUAAGGUUGUUAGUGGAUCAAAUGACAGAACUGUUAAGGUUUGGUCCUUAGAAAAUGGUGAUUGUCAGUUAACCCUUCCUGGAGAUCAUACUUCUGGAGUCUCCUGUGUUACAUUCAAUGAUCAGUGGGUUAUUAGUGGUGACUCUUCUGGAGAGAUCAAGGUGUGGGAUUUUGCUGUUAACAGUCUGUCUGUAUUGCAAAGUUAAGACCUGCCAUCACAACAAAAUCAAGUUCUUCGACAUCAGAUAUGUAACUUUGAUCAAAAAGAUAGGGAAGCUUUUCAGUUCAAUUUAUUUAUUACUCCAGACCUAUUAGCCCUUAAGUUGUAACCCUUGUUUAUAAAUUUGAACUGACACAGUUAUCAAUAGGACUAUUUGUUUUUAUUAAUACCUUUUAGACAAAAAAUAAAACAUUUAAUUGAAUAGGAGCAGAACUAAAUAGCAUUUCAAUUUCAAAUUUUUAUGAUUUUGCCCAUAGACAAUACAUAUGUGAUGCAAAUACUACAAUCUAUACAUCAUUAUAAUACAACAGUAUAGUUUUAACAAUUUUUAAUUCCUAGUAUUAUCUAGGAUUAUUGUUGAUAAAUUGUUUCUUACAUUUUUAAUCAAGGUUUGUUUAGUAUCUUUCCCUCCAUUUAUAAUAAACUAGUGUUACUUCAGAAGCAGAACAUAGCAAUUUAGUUAUAAUAAGCUAGGGGUACUUUUAGUACAGUGAAGAACAAGCUACAUUUAUUUGUUGAGAAAAGAAAACAGAAUUUAUAUGUGGCUCCUUAGAAGGAUUAUUAUAAGUCUCUUUUUCUUUGAUAAGUAUAACAAGUAUCCAUAAGUUUUCUUUUCUGAAUAUUCUUUGUUUAUUCAAAUUAUAUAUGUAUAUAUCAUGGAGAGAGAGAUAUAUAUUUAUAUAAUAAGCUCAGUUAUGCACUCAUUCUGAUUGGUUCUCACUUAUGAUCUGUUGGAGGACAGACAUAUAGAUGAUGUCAUCAUUGAAACUUUUUUUAAUUCUUUUUUAUAUAAAACAAAUAGAUUCCAAGUUGCCGUGCAUCUGUUCAGUAAUAGAUCACAGAGGACAUCAAAAUGUGGUAAGAAUAUCAGUGACACACUUGGCUGUGCCUCGUGUGCCACUUUUUUGUUCUUACCACAUUUUGACAUCAUCUGUGAUCUAUUACUGAACAGAUGCACUGCAACUUGGAAUCUAUUUGUUAAAUAGAUGUAUAGGUGUCAGAAUUAAUUUCACAACAGUAAUGAAUUGAUGUAUCAAAUAUUUGGAUGUGUUCACUAAAGUUGAAAUGACACCAACGUAUUAAGUAGUUUGUUACUUCCCUUGUAAAUAAAAGUAUUGUUGAACUUGAAUGACUGUGACAUGUAAUUCAGACCCACAGUAAUCAAAGUUUUGUUAUACACUCAACAGAAUGUCUUGUUACUGAUUGGUCAAUGAUAAAUGAAUGAAACUAUUACAUUACAGGAUUUUUGUGUUGCACUUUCUCAGUAGUUUCAUAAAACAUUAUAACUUUCUCAAUACUUUGAAAAACUUUAAGUUUGAUUUGUCUGUAACAGUUUUUGGAAUGAUCUGUCCAGUAUUAGAAGUGAUAAUAUGUCAGCAUUAUAAACCACGGAAACGUGUUUCAAGUGAUGUGCAUAUAGGAUGUACAGUGGAGUGUUAGAGGGUGAUGUUGUCUAGCAUGCAAUAAACAAAGUUGUAUAAGCUACUCUGCAUGUGGCAAUUUAUGAUGACUAAAAGUGUUUUGCAAAGUUUUGGAUUUGUACCUGCUUCAUCUUUUAUGCUUAUAAAUAUAGGGAGAGGGAGUCAGCAAUAGAUAGACAACAUCCUCAGCUAUCAGUCAAAAUUCACACUCGUAGUUUUUAUUCAAACAUUCUCACACAUUGAUAAGAAACACACAGUUGUUGUAGUACACUCAAGUAUGUAUAUAUUACAAACCUAAGCAAGUUCAGUGUGACACUUACGUAUCCUUAAAUAAUUUAGGGCAGCAAUCUCUUUGGAAAUUGGAUUUUAAAAUAUUUCUUACUAGUUUUCUGUAUUUACUAUACUUUUUGAACAGAGUGUAUUUAGAGAACUCACUAGAAAGGUAUGCUGAAAUUUUCUAAAAUUAAGUAUAACCCAUAUUUUUUUGGACAAAAAAUAUGAGCAUGCCAAGUUUUGAAAUCUUUAGUUUAAGAAGCUGUACUAUGCCUUUAUCCUUAUUGAACUCCACUAAUCUAGUUUUGCUGAUCCUAUUUAACUAC